UCUCUCCAUCUGCUUCUUUCUCUCCACAUCAUUAACUAUCUAAUAAUUAAAAAAAUUAUAACUUCCAUAGCUGUCCCAUUAUUCUUCUCUGGUUUGCUCUUUCUCUGUCACACCCUUUCUCUCUUUAUUAAUUCCGUGAUUAUCCAUAUCAUUCAUCCUCUAAUCUACCUCCCCUAUAUAAAUAACCACUCGCCUAACCUUCUCUACAUACCCUCUCUUCUCGUUAUUUUCUCAUUCAUCAAGUUUCUGUUAUUGUACUAGUUUAAUUUUUAUAGGUUCUUCUUCUCCCUUCAAGAUUUAUUCUUUUUUCUCUUCUGUGUUCUCUUUGUUUCAAGAUUUUAAAUAGAGGGUACGCCAUGAACGCUCUUGCAGCAACAAAUCGUAAUUUUCGCCACGCUGCACGGAUUCUUGGGUUGGACUCUAAAGUUGAAAGGAGUCUUAUGAUCCCUUUUAGAGAGAUCAAGGUGGAAUGCACAAUUCCUAAAGAUGAUGGAACUCUAGUUUCAUACGUUGGAUUUAGAGUGCAACAUGAUAAUGCUCGUGGGCCCAUGAAAGGAGGAAUCAGAUUCCAUCCUGAGGUGUGCUAUCAGUUAUCAGUUGACCCUGAUGAAGUAAAUGCCCUUGCUCAACUAAUGACAUGGAAGACUGCUGUAGCAGACAUACCUUAUGGUGGGGCAAAAGGAGGGAUUGGAUGCAAUCCAAGGGACUUAAGUAGGAGUGAGUUAGAACGACUCACACGUGUCUUCACUCAGAAAAUCCAUGAUCUCAUUGGCAUUCAUACAGAUGUUCCAGCUCCAGAUAUGGGCACUAAUGCGCAGACCAUGGCAUGGAUACUGGAUGAGUACUCAAAAUUUCACGGUCACUCUCCAGCUGUUGUGACAGGAAAGCCCUUAGAUCUUGGUGGAUCACUCGGUAGAGAGGCUGCAACUGGUCGUGGAGUUGUUUUUGCUACUGAAGCUCUACUUGCUGAAUAUGGGAAAUUCAUUGAAGGUUUGACAUUUGUUAUUCAGGGCUUUGGGAAUGUGGGGUCCUGGGCAGCAAGGCUUAUACAUGAGAGAGGCGGGAAGGUUAUAGCAGUGAGUGAUGUCACCGGUGCAGUCAAGAACCCAAAAGGAAUUGAUAUACCAGAAUUGCUUAGGCAUAAAGAUUCCACUAAUAGUUUGACAAAUUUCCAUGGUGGAGACCCUAUGGAUCCCAAUGAAUUGCUGGUGCAUGAAUGUGAUGUCCUCAUCCCAUGCGCUUUAGGUGGAGUUUUGAACAGGGAAAAUGCUGCAGACGUGAAGGCUAAGUUUAUUGUAGAGGCAGCAAACCAUCCUACUGAUCCAGAAGCAGAUGAGAUUCUGUCUAAGAAAGGAGUUGUAAUACUUCCUGACAUAUAUGCAAAUGCUGGAGGUGUGACUGUCAGCUACUUUGAGUGGGUUCAGAAUAUUCAAGGUUUUAUGUGGGAAGAAGAACAGGUGAAUAAGGAGCUUCAGAGGUACAUGACUCGAGCCUUUCAGAACAUCAAGAACAUGUGCAAGACACACGAUUGCAAUCUUCGGAUGGGUGCCUUUACCCUUGGGGUAAACCGGGUUGCACGGGCUACUCUCUUAAGGGGAUGGGAAGCAUAAAUAAGCUUCUUUUUAGUCUUCAAUUCCUCUAUUUACCCCCUUCAUCCUCAGAGAUAUUCCUUUUGUCAGCUGAGUAGAAAACUUGGGAAGCUAUUAUUUGCUAUACUUCAAAUUUUCUGUUAAACUAUUUUUCCAGAAUCCCAAAAUUAUAUUUGGACUCAAGUAUUGGGGGGAUACUAUAAUUUUUUUUAAUGAAAAGGAAAAAUUCUUGGCAACAGCAUCAAGAAUGUUAUUGUGGUUA